UCAGAUAUCCCAGUUUAACUAACCUGGUCUCAGGAAUUAGUUACAGGGUUUGAAAUACAGGUAUGGCUAAAGUCCCAUAUGAAAGGCGUGCUCACAACCCGGGAAACAUGUUUAAAGAAUCACCUCAGCCUCCUCCUGCUGAUUCUGUGUCCCAAUGGCCGUGGACGAUUUACACUCUGCGCUUAUUUCCAAUGGCGCCGGAGGUUAUGCCAAGCAGAGCCAGCAGAGGAGCUUCCUUUUUUCACUGGCCAAAUGGGUUCUCAAAUCUGCAAUGUGGGUCAUAUUCGUUGCCUGGAUUGUCCUCUUCUUCAUUAUACCUUCCGACUUCGGCUCCACUUUCUAUGCUGAUUGGGUUGCUGCCACCGAUGGGACUCUGUUUGGAGAGACUGGGAGUGUGUUGAUGUUAUACAGUGCUCCGAUUAUCGCUAUUGCUUUUCUUGCUGUUCCCUAUAUCAUCUUUUUCGAGGAAGAUGAAGAAGAGUAUCAAGAGAAGAAGAAGGCGAAGUUCAGCCUAUGGACCUUUCCUGUUCUGGUGGAUGGACCACUUGGAGUUGUUUCUGCCGCUGAAAUGAUUGGCAUUAUUCUCUUUAUUGUGUUUGUUCUCUCGGCGCUGUAUUUUUACACUGUAGCCAACUUUGAGAUGUUACCUGACUAUGGUGAUGAUUUGACCGCAGGAGAGAAAAGGGUUUUUAUGUUGCAAAUGUCGGCUUAUUGCUUUGGUUUGAUAGUCUUAUCUUGCUUGGCAUUCCUGUUUCUCCCAAUUGCAAGGGGAUCAAUUCUUCUCCGCCUUAUUGAUAUACCAUUCGAGCAUGCGACCAGAUAUCAUGUAUGGUUGGGGAAUCUCAUAUUCUUCCUUGUUACUAUGCAUGGACUCUGCUAUAUGAUUGUGUGGGCGAUACGAGGCAUCAUUCCAUCUGAAGUAGUAGAGUGGAAAAGUGAUGGUGGUGCAAACUUGGCGGGAAUUAUUUGCUAUGGAAUCUUUCUGUUGAUUUGGGUGACAACACUUCCUCCUGUGAGAAAGCGAUAUUUUGAGCUUUUUUACUAUACCCAUCAACUCUAUGUUUUGUUUGUCAUCUUCUUGGCCUUGCAUAUUGGUGGCGUCAAUUUCAGCCAAGCUGCUGGAGGAAUAUUUCUUUUUAUGCUGGAUCGCUUUCUAAGGUUCUGCCAAUCACGAAAGACUGUCAACAUAGUUUCAGCGACAUGCUUUCCAUGUGGAACUGUCAAGUUGGUGCUUCCAAAACCUGCAAACUUGCACUACAAUGCGCUUGGUUUCAUCUUUCUUCAAGUGAAGAGUAUAUCUUCACUGCAAUGGCAUCCUUUCAGCGUCUCAUCCAGUCCUCAGAAUGGUAAAUAUCAUCUUGAAGUCCUCAUAAAGACCGCUGGGGAAUGGACCACAAAGCUAAGGGAAACAGUCUCCAAGACUUCUGCAGAGGACUCAGAUAUACAGCUUCCACACACUCCUGCUCAUCAGAUUAUGGCUUCUGUUGAGGGGCCUUAUGGCCAUGAAUCACCAUACUACUUGAGGUAUGAAAAACUUGUCUUGGUAGCAGGAGGCAGUGGGAUCUCACCAUUCUUAGCUAUCUUGAGUGAUAUUCUCCAUCGAAUUAAGAUGAACAAACCUUGUCUACCGCAACAUGUGUUGCUUGUUUGGGCUAUCAAAACGUCAAAUGAGCUCUCUCUUCUUUCCACAGUUGACAUGGGGUCUAUGGAUUUUUCUGAUAGAUUGAAUAUUGAAAUCCAGGCCUAUGUCACACGUGAAUCCGAAUGUCCAGUGGAAGAUGGUAGAUUUUACAACGCUCCUAGUGCUUCUGUUUUCUCCGUCUCCAGGGAAGCGACCAUGUCAGUUUUGACUGGCACAGGAAACAAGAUAUGGGCCGGAACUUAUGUUAUUGCAUCUACAAUUGGGUUUGUUAUUGUUUUGAGCUUGUUAGACGUAUUCUACAUAAACCCUUACAGCAUAGACGCUUGGUGGUAUUUAGGGCUUCUUUAUGUGAUAUGUAUGGUUGCAAGUGUUCUUAUAUUUGGAGGUCUCACAAUUGGAUUAUGGCAUCUUUGGGAAAGAAAAACCUCAUUCCAGGAGAGUUUGGAAAAUGGGAAUACUGAAAUAGUGCUGAGUAAUGGAAGACCGACAGACAUGAAUGAAUACCAGAAAACUCUGAUCAGUGCAGCCACAGUUCGGUAUGGCCGCAGACCAGACUUCUCAGAAAUUUUCGGAUCUUUACCAGAACAUUCGGCUCAAGUUGAUGUUGGCGUCUUCGUGUGUGGUCCCACAACUCUACAGUCCAGUGUUGCUAAAGAAUGUAGGUCACAGAAUCUAGGAGGAAGAAGAAGAAAAUGGAACAGCCCAAUAUUCCAUUACAACAGCCAUAGUUUUGAUUUGUAGGGUCAUCAUCAAAAUGUGUUCUUUUGACACUGUUUUGGUAGUUUCCUCUUAAAGUUUCCUAUUUUAGGAUAAUUGAACACUUGAAUCAGCUGAUAUAUAAGUUUCCUAUUAAUAUUGAAGCAGGAUUUUUGUAGAAAAUAUUCAAGCUGGAUUGAUCACUACUUAUCUUGUAAACGUCAGUGACAUAUAUAAGAUUUUGUCCUUCCAACUUGUUUCAGA